AACAAAAUAUUUUCAAGGCUACAAAUUAACUAACUUGAUACAAAGUUCACAGCCUGUUUUGAAAACAAAAUAACGCAAGCAAGGAAACCAAAACAAACAAGAACUUUAUAAAAUCUUCAAAUUUACUAAUAUGGUGAAAUUUGAAGAUCGAUUCUGGGAUGUAAAAAGUUUUGACGAACUGCGAAAGUAUUGCAGGCAGAGCAAUGAAUUCUGUAAGGAUGUUUGUAGUAUACUGCAUUCCAGGUCAAAACUUGAGCAGACCUAUGCUGAAAAUUUGACACAAUUGGCUCUUAAAGCAUCAAAAUGUGGAAAGGAUCUUGUAGGAACACUCAAGACAGCCUGGGCAAAAGUGGCCUCGGAAAUUGAAAGCGAAGCGGAAUUGCACAAGAACUUAGCUGGUAGGCUGAAUGAUGACGCUGUGAAAGAACUAAAAAUUUUUAUUGACAAUCAAACGAAGACAAGAAAACCGGUUGAGCAGCAAGUUGAGAAAUCGAUUAAGUUGUACAGUGACAAGAGAACCGAGGAACAAAAAGCCAAGAAAAAUUCUCAUUUAAAAGCUCGUGAUUACGAAAGCUCAGUUGAACAAUACGAAGAGGCGAAAAGUGGUAAAAAGAAAGCAAUUUCCGAAAAGGAGUUAUUGAAACUCGAAGCAAAAUGCAAGAAAGCAGCAAGUGGUAUUGAGAAAGCUGAUCGUGAGUAUAAAGACUUCAAUUUAAAAGCAGAAAGAGGACGAAUUGAGCUAGCAUCUGCUAUUCGAAGAUUUUCUCAGACUUGUGAAACAACUGAAUGCGAAAGAAUACAGCAUAUAAAAGAACUAUUUAUCAAGUACAGUGAGAUGUUGGAAGGAGUUAUUCCUCAAAUGCAACAGAGUUACCAAAAUGUCCAGGAUGACUCAUCAAGGAUUGAACCAAAUGAAGAUAUUUACUCAGUCGCAGAGCAAAGAGGGACAGAUCGCGAAUCCGCUGAGCAAUUAUUGACCGAUUAUUUCGAAGAAGAUUUUCAAAACACAAUUGCCACUGACAGGAGGAAGCAACGGCUGGAAGCAAAAAUUCAAGAUCUUACCGCUGAUCUUAAAAGAGAAAUUAAAGCUAGAGAGGGAAUUGAACAUCUCUUCAAUGUUUAUGAAUCAUCUCCAAGUUAUACAAAUGAAGAAGGACAAAUGAACGUUGCUGACCAACUUGCUGCGGCUAAUGAAGUAAUAAACAGCUUAGACGGGAGUCUUUACAAAUUACAACACGCGUUGGCUCAAGUCAAUCGGCAAGAAGCACCCGGUCACAGAUUAUCGUCGUAUAUUGAAACCGGGAAAGACAAGCAGGGGCUAGCACUAAGUAUUUUGAGGAUUCCAGUCGGUGAAAUAACAAGAGCGGCAACGAUGAGCUAUGGCAGUGAUAAUGUAGAUCAUGGUUAUCCAAGUGAUGACGAAUUCGACGAAGAUAAUAGAGCAUCAGGCUUCAUAGGUCAAUGUAUAGCACAAUAUGAUUACGACGCAGUUCAAAACGAUGAACUCACAAUUAGAGCUGGAGAUGCUAUUAACAUAACUGAAAAGCAAGACAUGGAUUGGUGGAUGGGUGAACUGAACGGCAGAACUGGAAUUUUUCCUGCAAGCUACGUGCAGGAAAUGUGAUAGACUAAAUUUAAGAAAGACAAAUUUUAGAUUAGAUUAUAUAUAAUAUAUAAUGUUCGCGUCAAGCACCGAAACACUAUAUUUGACCGCAUGCAUUAUGCAUAGAUGUAUAUAUUCAUGCCUGCAUGAUUAGGAAUUUUAAAGAAUUGAAGUGGCUUCCUAGGAUAAUUCUUAGGGACCCCUUAGGUUCCGAAUGGGACAAAGUGACGUAUUCGAAUGUUCUUGGAUGUCAAAUCAAUCACUGUAAGAUACGUUGAAAAUCAUCUUAGGAAGACUGAUUUAGCAACAACAAACUAUUUUUCAAUGUAUAUGUAAAUACAAAAUCCUCAAAAAGGAGUUAAAAGCGGUCCUUACAGGCUAUAAAGUGUUGGUUCAAACAUUAAAUAUCAGGUCCUGCACUUUCAGAUAAAUAAAUUCUAAGAUUUUCACGUGUCGUGCAACCUCUGUACGCAUCCGGUACACACAAGAAUCAUCUAAUUCCUUCCAAUGGACUGUAAUUC